GUGCAGCUCUGUCUCUGCAUCAUCACUCUCAAACAUGUACUGUUGGGGAGAUAACAGAUUUGGCCAGCUGGCUCUGGAAAGUCAGGAGAAUAUUAAAGUUCAUUUUCAAGAUAAUUACUUCUUUCAAGACAAGGCUGAGGUCCAGAAAGUGGCAAUUGGAGGGCAGCACACUGUUUUUCUUCUGGAAGAUGGCACUAUUUUUUCCUGUGGCCAAAACAUAUAUGGCCAGUUGGGCAGGAGAACCAACCACAGUAACACAGAUCAAAUCCUUGCACUGGAAGCCCAGACUAUUGUGGACGUGAGCUGUGGUACAAACCAUUCCAUGGCAGUGUGCAACCAAGGAAAUGUGUUCAGUUGGGGGGAAGCGUCUGAAGGGGAGCUUGGUACAGGACAAUCAAAGCAAAGAAAUCCUAUUCCAAGAAGAAUAUCUGGGCUUUCAAAUACCAGAAUAAUACAGAUAUCGUGUGGACAUUUCCAUUCCGUUGCUCUCUCAGAAGAUGGCAGAGUGUUUUCCUGGGGACAGAACAACGCAGGGCAACUUGGCUUAGGCAAGAAGGUGCCAAAUCAAGCUAGUCCACAGAUUGUGAAGUCGCUGCAGGGGAUUCCUUUGGUCCAGGUGACAGCAGCGGGCUGUCAGAGUUUUGCUUUGUCUAUGCUAGGAACCGUGUUUGGAUGGGGAAGAAAUAACGCUGGGCAACUUGGAUUUAAGACUGAUGUCUCCAGAGCCGGCGUAUUCAAUCCCCAUGCUGUGAGCUCCCUGAGAAGCCUUGGUGUGGUCUACAUUAGCUGUGGGGACGAACAUAGUGCUGUACUUACUAAGGGGGGCAGUGUGUACACAUUUGGAGAUGACACAUACGGACAGCUCGGGCAACAAUCCAGAAACUCAACACCAGUGCCUCAAAAGAUAGAAGAAUAUGAGGGCCAGGUUUCCCAGAUAUGUUGUGGAAGCUAUCACACACUGCUUUAUGUCUACACAUGUAAUCGGGUGGUUUCCUUUGGCUCUGGCUCACAGCAUCAAGAUGAUAAUGCUUCAAAUAAUGACCAAGCCCAAACUUCACAGCAGCCACAAGAAUUUAACAUCAGCAGCCUGGUUUCUGCAAACGAUCUUACGGAUAUUUAUGUCAAAAGGAUUUUUGCCGGAAAUAAUGUCUGCUUUGCAAGCUGUACUAAUCAACAACAGGACUCUAAACAAGCUUCAUUGAUUGACAGUUUGCAGAAGAUCAGUCGAGUAGACAGCACCGUGAUAUACAAGUGGAUGAAUGCGAAAAACGGAAGUGAAGAAUAUCAGGAGGCAAAAAGGGAGAUAAGCACAAUUUUUUCUUCUCCCUCCUGCCUCACUGCAAGCUUCUUAAAGAGCAGCACCUCCAACCCUCUUCAAACUUAUUCCCUGCCAGUGGAUUUGGAAGCUGCCAGUAGAAUAUUUACAAACCUACACCAGGACAAACGGAUAUCGGAAAUUAUAUGCUCCAGUUUGAAGAGCGACCUGAUUCCUGUAUUGGCUUCCCUCCCACUACUCUCUGAAGCUCUGUCAAUAUUCCUUUUGCUUCCUGAACUUCCAAUUAUGCAUGAACCAGAAAACACAUUGCCGUUAGUGGUUCCCUUUGCUAAUACAGUCAACAACCUGAGUACAGAUGCUUUAAGGAUACUAGGGCAACUGUGGUCAUCACUGACAGCACCUGCCUUAACAAAACAAAUCGAGAUGCUUAAAAUUGCUGUAAUAAUAUGUGUACAAACCAAUCAAGAGGCUUCAAAGACCAGAUGUCCCCUGGAAAUGCUGAAACGUUUGUAUAGGAUAAACAUGAAGGCCAAGUAUAAAGUGCCUGCGAGUGCUUUCUAUAUCGAUCAAGUUUGUCCUCUCAUCAUAAUUCCACUUGAUCUUGCAUUCUGGCGGGAAGGGCAGGCCAAGUCUGACUCUGAGGAGAAUGGCCCUGUUAUAUUCUGUCGUUAUCCGUUUAUCUUCAACUUCCCCACCAAGGUUUCAGUUCUGCGCUAUGACUUUAUUCUGAAAAAGACUAAUACAAAGAUAGAAGCCCAGGAGCAAAUUCAGAUAAACAGAAUGCAGGGAAGCAGUGAACUUCCCAAAAUACCACUUUUCCAUCUCAAAGUCAGACGCAGUCACCUGAUACAAGAUACCAUUCAUAAACUGAGUAUUGCCGAGGACUGUGACUUUCAAAAGGACUUAUUGGUUGAAUUCCACAAAGAGACUUCAACUAAUCCUCCUGUAGUUCUCAGAGAAUUCUUCCUAUACAAUUUUGAUCAUAUGGUUAAUCCAGAUUAUGGAAUGUUCAGCUAUCAUGAGAAGUCUUCAGUAAUGUGGUUUCCAAGCAAGCCAUGUCUGGAGAAGAAACAGUACUUCUACUUUGGUGUAUUGUGUGGGCUCGCAAUUUCCAACCAGGCUGUUGUUUACCUUCCGUUUCCUGAAGCUUUAUUUAAGAAACUAUUAGAAAAAAAAACAACCCUGGAUGAUUUAAAGCAGCUGGAUCCCACCAUUGGAAAGAGCAUGCAGCAUAUAGUUGAUGCUGAAAAAGUGGACAAUCUUGCAUUGUAUUUCUGUUUUUCCUGGGAAAAUAAAACUGUAGAAUUGAUCCCAAAUGGAGCAACAUUUCCGGUGACCAAUUCAAACAAGAAUGAAUAUGUAGAUAAAUGCAUUGACUACAUAUUCAACUCAUCUGUCGCUGAGAUAUUUGAAGAGUUCAAAAGAGGAUUAUACAAAGUCUGUGACAAAGAUAUUCUUUCAUUUUUCCAACCUGAGGAGCUAAUGAUUGUGACGAUUGGAAGUGAAAAUUGCGACUGGAAAGCUUUUGAAACGGUUACAGUUUACUUGGGGAAGUAUUCUCGGGAGCAUCCAACUAUCAAAAUGUUUUGGAAGGUUUUCCAUGCACUAUCUGAGAAAGACAAGAGAGCCUUUUUGUUGUUUGUCACAGGAAAUGACAGAGGUCCCGUGUUUCACCCAGACUGUCUGAAAAUACAGAUCUCAAACUUUGGGGUUCCAAAUAAAACCUUCCUUCCAGCAGCACGACCAUGCCUUCAAAUGCUGAUUCUUCCUGAGUAUUCAGACUUAGGAACUCUACGGAAAAAAUUGCUCCUUGCUAUACAGCACAAUAAAGGAUUUUGGAAAAUGUAGAACAUGCACAGUUUUUAGGGAAGGAAAAAUAUUUAUAAUCACCAGACUAACUUUUUUUUAUCCUUUUGGUAAUUUCAAAUUCAGCCUUUCCAUUUCUUACAAUAGAAUUUGUUCUUCUGACAAAAUAAAACCAAUAUAAACAUACGGAUAUUGUUCAAGUAGAGAUUGUAGCCGUAUUAGUCCAGGGAUACAGAUAAAAAAAUAAAAAAUGAUAACAUUUGUAUCUUGUAAUACCUUUUUAAUUGGACUAACAGAAUUUUUUUAAUGACAAGCUAUCGGGAGUACCUCCCUUCUCAAGUCUAAAGCAUUUCAACUUCGAAUUCUAUGUGUCAUCUUGCUCAGAAAUGCUUUGUAAAAAAGGUAUUACAAUAAAACAGAGCAUAAUAACUUCUGAUUCUAAUUCAGCUGUUUGAUUGGCUAAGCUCAGUGAAUUCUUACUCUAAUAUUUGUAGAACCCCAGGUUACCAUAGAUCAUAUGCAGGUAUAUUAAUAUUGCUUUGUUUAGCACUAAUUGGUAAGUGAAGGCUAGCUUGUUGCUUUACCUUGAAUGCUUAGUUAACAAAAUUAGCAAGGCAUACAAAACCUAUUUACGAAGAUUUCAUUAUAUUCAUAUAUUAUGAAUACAUUUACACAUUCAUAAAUAUUAAACAGCGUAUUUUAUAGCACUAGUAAAGAGCAUUUUAAACAGCAAAACUAAAUGAAUAAUAAAAAAAAGCAUUUUAUCGGUAUGACACAUGCUUCCAUAGCCAAGCUCCCCCUUCAACUUCCUUAACCUCUCCCCCUUCACUAGCAUUUCUGAUAAUGACCAAAUUGCUCUCAAGCAGAUCAAGGCUGGAAAAAUACCUGGCAAUUGAGAGUCAUGACAUAAUUGAUCCGGAAGUGAUUAACUUAGAGCUAUUGUACCCGAUUCUAUUGCAAAGUGUUUUUGUUUUGUCUGCUCAUUGAUAUAUAAUCACUGUCUGCAUUAAAAGCCUGAUCAAUAAAUUCAUUCUCUUCGCCAUCUUG